GCGUCUUUACUACCCAACCCACGGCCAUGUCCAGCAGCCCAUCCAGCGCCUCCUCCGUCACCACCCUCUAUCCCCUCCCCAAAGAAGUUAUCCACAUAAUCCUCGACUUUUACCUCUCCUUCGCCCUCUCCCCAAUCUUCGGCUUUCCACGACCUCAUUCAUGCCAGCCGUUUCUGCUACAAGAUAUUGGCGCCUCGUCUUUAUGAACAUGUCAACCUCAACGAGCACAACUCGCAACGCUUUUUCGAAGCCUACUACAAUUCGCUUCUGCGAGUGGGUGUGAGCUUUGUAGCGUCAAGCACGGCGUUUCCGGGCAGAGAGAUCAUCUACAAGCCUAUCCCCGCUCCUCCGCCGGCGUCUCGCAGCUCGCCCCAUCCUUCGGUACUCAUUCGCAAGAUCACUCUCGUAGAUGGGGCUGCUGCCAUCCGCUGUCAAAUGGCGCGGAAGAAGAUCCAGACCCUGCAACCUCCGCCCACCGAGCGCCUGUUCGUCACCCUUUUCCUUAAUCUCGAAUGGCUGGUCAUGCCUUCGUCGAUCCGAGGUGAAGUCACCAUCAUGCGUGAAGGCCACGCUCCUUCUAUCCACACUCGUGAAGAACCCCGUCUUCUGUCUUACGACGCUUUGCAACAUAUCGACGCGUUUCAGCCACCUCGGCUUUGUAUUACCGAAAGUCCUCACACGAUUUCGGUGCGAUCCAUCAACCGAGCGAGAUUAUUUGCCAAGUAUACUCACCCAUUAGAGGUGCUCUCGGUACACAGGACAAGAGGGCGCCAUCAAGACUUUAUGACGCGAUAUCGGACGAGGGUCUUGAAUGUGGCUUUUGCGAUACCGGCGGUGACGAGGGAGGCGAAGGCACAGACAGGGGAGAGGAAUGAAGAAUGGGGCGACUCGACACAAAUGUAUGAGUCGAUGGUCGAGCUGGGAUGGCAUCUGGAUAUGUUGGAAUACUCCGAACAAGACUUGAGAACGUCGUGAGCUCUACAUCUCUCCCCUCUUCUUCUGCGCUGACUUGGGCAUAU